AUGGAUCCCAGCGCGCGGUACACGACCCCUCCUGUUCCCCAGCCGGGCAAUAACCUCUCGAGGCCACCCUCGCAGCUGUCGAGCCAGAGCUACCCGGACCGCGUCGGCGCGGGUAUCCCCGGCGCAUCGGACCAGAACAACGCGAACGGCCGAAACCACGUCGUGAUAAAAGUCGGCAUGGUGGGAGACGCCCAAAUAGGCAAGACCUCGCUCAUGGUCAAAUACGUCGAGGGCAGCUGGGACGAGGACUACAUCCAAACCCUGGGCGUCAACUUCAUGGAGAAGACCAUCAGCAUCCGCAACACCGAGAUUACUUUCAGCAUCUGGGAUCUGGGCGGCCAGCGCGAGUUCGUCAACAUGCUGCCGCUGGUCUGCAACGACGCUGUCGCCAUCCUGUUCAUGUUCGACCUGACACGCAAGAGCACCCUCAACAGCAUCAAGGAGUGGUACCGACAGGGCCGGGGCUUCAACAAGACCGCCAUCCCCAUCUUGGUCGGCACCAAGUACGACCACUUUGUCAACUUCCCACGCGAGGAUCAGGAGGAGAUAUCGAACCAGGCACGGCGAUUCGCCAAGGCUAUGCGUGCUGCAUUGAUCUUCAGCAGCACGAGCCACAGCAUCAACGUUCAGAAGAUCUUCAAAAUUGUACUUUCAAAGGCAUUUGACCUCAAGUGCACUAUACCCGAGAUCGAAAACGUCGGCGAGCCUCUCCUCCUAUACCAGAACUGCUAG